ACUCCGAAAUCAUGAAGUGUUUGGCGCUAUGAAAACUACAAAUCCCUUAGACACCAAGAAAAGCCCAAAUCUGGGAUUGAAAUGUCUUAAAGGGUUCGUUUUAUUACAGGAGAUUAUAAAUUUUGAGAUGUGAAUGUUUGUAGGACUUUUUUUCAUAUCCUUGCGUUUUUACUUUGCUCUGUCAGAUGUGACAGGAGUUACUCGUUCAGUAUUGUUUACUAUUUUUAGGAUCCAUCCAUAUGUCUAUGGUUCAGUUUAAUGUACGAUAAUACUCUACUAUUUCAUGGCAUGUUUCAAUUUCAUAGAAAUUCUUACAGUGUCAUUUUUAAAUGCAUUUUGUUUUGAACAGUAUCGGUAAUGUACAUUUAAUUGCCCAUAACACGUUGUUAUUCUGAUAUGUAUUCUAAAGAGGCUAGGAGGAGUUUCUGUCGAUAUUAUCCACGAUGGAGGAUGGAAAAUCAGUUCAUGAGGUCAGGUUUGAAGCUGCGGUAAAAGUAAUUCAGAGUUUACCUACUGAUGGUAACGAGGUUAAUGUAACUUCAGUUGAUGUACAUUUUGCCCAUAAAUCGAAAGAAACUGGCUACAUAAUUAGAUUGAAUGGUGCAUUGUCCACAUUUUAAUUCAUGCAGUCACUGUUUCGUUGGCCUUCUGCCAUUAGAUGUUGUUAAAAUAUGAUGUAUAAAUUAUGUUUUGUAAUAUUGAUUUAGGAUGUUCAAUUGCUUUCGAAAGUAGAUUAAUAUGCAUAAUACAAUUUUGUUUCACUAAUGCCAUUUGGGAUCCUUUCAGCUGUCUGAUGAUAUAAAGCUCAGGUUUUACAGGUAUUAUAAGCAAACAAAGGGACCUUGCAGUAUUCUCUGACCUUGGUCCUGGAAUCCACUUAGGAAGUCCAAAUGGGAAGCCUGGAAAUCUCUUGGAAAUAUGCCAAACGAGAAAGCGAUGAUUGCAUACGUGGAGGAGCUCAAGAAAUUAUUUUGGAAAUGAUUCCAAUGACGGAUGGAGUAGAAGAGCUGAUGGAUGUCCUGGAACCGUUCUACGAGAUGGAAGAAGAUGCAGACCAUUCAGUGGAGGAAAAUAAGAGAAACAUACAGAUAUCGGGUGUAACAACAGCCAUUUACGUGACGAAAGUGCCGAGACUCGGAGCCUUGUCCUCUGCGACCAACAGCGGGGCCUCUGUAGGAGAAUUAGUCCAGAUCGCUCAGCGGUCGGCGAAGGAGCUCCAUGACAUCAGCAGCUGUUGCCUUGGUCAGUACAAAGGGGAGCAUCUGGCCGACGAAUCGGACGGCGAGGUGUCAUGUGACUCCGUGGAGCGGUCUGAGCUCCCUAACCAACCCCUUCAGUGGACCAUGGACACCAAACCUCAGGUGUCCGCAACAGAGAUGAACAUGCUGGAAGACGAGGCUGGACAAGAGGAUGUUCAGGGACUCAAAGGGGUCCAACUUAAAGGCUCCAGGUUGUUCAGCUUGGGCUCGCUGAGUCACUGGGACACGGGGGAUGAUUGUGAGCACUGCGGAAAGGACGGCAGGACCAGGUGCUGUUUGGACAGGCGGGUGGGCGCAGCACUCAUUCGGCUACAGGAGGAUGUGAGGUCUGCAGUGCAGAGGCUCCACGCCCUGGAUGCUCUGACAGUGCCGCGGGGAAGAUUAUUAUCCCAACAAAAUGAUCCAUCAUUUCCAGAGAAGGAACCAUCCUAGUGGCCUCCUGGUGUCUCUCCAAGCACCUCUGCAGUCAUCGUGGUUUUGCCCUUCAUUGCGCAUUGGCUGAUGCAGCUCUGCCUGCAGCGACACAGAGGAAAACUGACUUCACAAUCAGAGGGCCCUUGUAAGUCUGCUCCAAUGAUAACCACUGUGCAAAUGUUUGUGAAUUAUCUUUUUCUGCGUGUAUGGUUCAUAAAUUUGGUCUUGUAUACAGUCUAUUCCAUAGAGAUAUGGCAGUGUAAAAUGUGAGUGGUAAAAAAAAAGAUUGUCUUUACUAUUAUGGACUUUGAUGUAAAGAUCAGGUGACAUUCAUGAAGAAAUGAAGAAAAUUAAAAAGGUUCACAAACUUUUUUUUUUUUUUAAAUCCCCCCUCUCCCAACAAAUGUAGUUUGCUGCUGAAGAUGCAAUUGGACCUUAAAUUGCUUCUCAUUGUGGAGUUAAGGUGUCUCAGAUCACCGUGCCUAACUUUAAAAGACUGAAAGAAAACCACUGCUAAGGAUAUUUUUAUAUGUGGUUUGGCAGCAGCAAACAAUCCCCAAAUGCAAUGCAUGUGCAGUAAUCAUUCUGUGGAUUUUCAUAUCGAGUAUUCAGUUAGCUUACCCCUGAAAUGCUUGGUUAUAAUGAGAUUAAAACAAUGCAUCAUGCUGAACCACUUACUCAAAUAGAAAUUUUGUCAGUUAGUGUUUAUGGACAAUCUGUUAUAAUGACUUGGUCAUGUAGGUUUCAUGAUUUAUCACCAAUUUUUAUCGCAUACUGCUGCUUGGGCAGAUAUCAGGUGAAUGUGCACCGCUGUGUUCCCUCACAGGUGCAUCAUAAUCAUGCAAUGUUUAUGAAGAUUGUGGUAAUGGGAUUUCUUGAUGAGAUCUUUGGCUGAAGGCAGCACAUGGAAAUAAAGAGUUUUGGUGUACAGUAAAUCUCUGUUGUGUAAAUUGGUGAAUAAACAAAUGGCACAGAAAAAUCUGUAAUAUUAUAAUUAAAAUGCAUUAUGUCGUUGCAUCUUUGUAGGAAUGGCAAUUGUAGGAAUAGUCCUUUUGCAACGUAUGCUAUAUUUCACUGUAAAUUAA